CAAAUUUUGCCAGCCGGAUGUAAAAGGUGAAAGACAAAUUGACUGGUAGUUAGUUGAGGUUAUGAAAAGCGCAUUUUAUAAAUCUUGUUGUAGUAGUUUUUUACCGACAAGUGUAAAAUGAAUGUUGAAAUUCGGAUUGUUGAUAGUCUAAAGGGCAAAGCUCUAUUUGCUACAAAAGGAAUGGCAGAAGGAAGCGUGAUCUUUGAAGAAGACCCUUUAGUUUCUUGUCAAUUUUCAUGGAAUGCUGCUUAUGGGUACAAAGCAUGUCACCAUUGUAUGAGGCCUUUAGAAACAGCUCAAGAAAAUGCAAGACGUCUAACUAACAAUCCUAAUAUAGAAUUACCCUAUCCCGAAUGUUGUACAACAAAGUCGCAUGAAGUUGUUUCUUGUGCAAAAUGUGGAGAAUUAUUCUGUUCAGUUCUCUGCCAAGAAGCUGCUCUUGAUCAGUAUCAUAAAAUAUUGUGCCUUCAAACCCAUGAGAGAAAUAACAUUCAUCCUCUAGAGCAGUUGAAUGAAGCUUGGAAGCAGAUUCAUUAUCCUCCAGAAACCAGUACUAUAUUCCUAAUAGUAAGGAUGCUAGCAAAAAUAUUGCAGUCUUCUAACAAAGAUCUUGCACAGCAACAGAUUUUGGGAUUUUGUCACAGGAGUAUUAAUGAAGAAGCAGAGCUUGCUCACAAAUUCUUAGGGGCUAAAUUUGCAGACCAACUUACACUUUUGCAUAAUUUGCUUCUUGCUGCUAUACCAAAAGAAGGAAUUGAACAAUUUUUGACACCUCAGGGGUUCCAAAGUUUAUUGGCCCUAAUUGGUACCAAUGGUCAAGGUGUAGGUACCAGCCCAUUUAGUCAAUGGACUUCGAGGGCAUUGGAUCAAAAUCUUUUAGAGAAUGAACACUUGGCUCUAGAAAAACUAAUUGACUAUGUAUAUGAGGCAAUGGACACGCAUAGUGGAUCCUUUUUGAAUAAUGAAGGGGUAGCUUUAUAUGUUCUACAAAGUGCUUGUAAUCAUAGUUGUACACCCAAUGCUGAAGUUUGUUUCCUACACAACAACCAUCGUUUAUCUUUGGUAGCUUUAAAAGAUAUUGAGGUUGAUGAAGAAAUUUGCAUAAGUUAUCUUGAUGAGUGUAGUUUAAAUAGAUCCAGGCAUUCCCGUACAAAACAACUGAUGGAAAACUACUUGUUUGCCUGUAACUGUCCCAAAUGUCAGGCCGAGGCAGGAGAUCCUGAUGUAACAAGUGAAGAGGAAAUGUCUGACAGCGAUUAAACUAUCAUUUUC